AUGGCCUCUGCAAUAGAGCAGGCAACGGCCUACAAGAAUGAUGGUAACAAAGCUUUUGCGGCUCACGAUUGGCCUAAAGCAAUUGACCUCUAUACUAAAGCUAUCGAGUUGAACGAUAAGGAGCCGACAUAUUUCACGAAUAGGGCACAAGCACAUAUCAAGUCAGAAUCUUAUGGUUAUGCCAUAGCUGAUGCUACCAAAGCUAUUGAAAUUAACCCCAAGUUUGUAAAAGCCUAUUUCCGCCGUGCUGUGGCCUCCGCUGCUAUCCUAAAACCUAAGGAUGCCGCACGAGAUUUCAAGAAAUGUGUCGAGCUCGAUCCAGCGAACAAGGAUGCCAAGCUGAAGCUUGCCGAGUGCCAAAAGAUCGUACGGCAGCUGAACUUUUAUGCCGCCAUCGACGUGGGAGACGAGCCCUCUGCGGCAGAGGGUCUCGAUAUUGCAUCCAUGGCCGUCGAAUCAGACUACGACGGUGUAGAGCUCAAGGAUGAGAUGACCCAGGAGUUUAUUGACGACAUGAUCGAGAGAUUCAAGAAUGGGAAGAAGAUACACAAAAAAUAUGUUUACCAAAUCGUAAUUGCGGUAAAGAAUAUUGUAUACAACGAAGCCACUAUGGUAGAGAUGAAGAUUCCGGAUGAUGUCAAGCUCACUGUCUGUGGUGACACACAUGGACAAUACUACGACCUAAUGGAACUCUUUAGGCUGAAUGGUCGUCCGUCUGAAAAGCACUGGUACUUGUUCAACGGAGAUUUCGUAGACCGGGGUUCUUGGUCGACAGAAAUCGCCCUGUUAUUAUAUGCCUAUAAGUGGUUACGUCCCAGCGGCAUGUUCCUGAACAGAGGCAAUCACGAAACCGACGAUAUGAACAAGGUUUAUGGAUUCGAAGGAGAGUGCAAAGCUAAGUACAAUGAAAGGGUAUUUAAGCUGUUCUCCGAAAGCUUUUCUGCACUACCGUUGGCAACGCUCAUCGGAUCUAAGUAUCUCGUCUUGCACGGUGGCCUAUUUUCAGACGAUAACGUCACUCUGGAUGAUAUCCGAAAGGUCAAUAGGCAUGCUCAGAGGCAACCAGGUCAAGCUGGCUUGAUGAUGGAAAUGCUCUGGACGGAUCCUCAAACAGCCCCUGGACGAGGCCCUAGCAAACGAGGAGUGGGUAUGCAAUUCGGACCGGACGUGACAAAGAGGUUCUGCGAGAAGAACGGUCUAGACGCUAUCAUUCGAAGUCAUGAAGUCCGUAUGGAUGGUUACGAAGAGGAGCACGAUGGAAAGUGCAUCACCGUCUUCUCGGCACCGAAAUAUUGUGACCAGACAGAGAACAGGGGCGCCUACAUCAACAUUGGCCCCGACUAUAAGUUAAACUUCAACCAAUUUGAUGCUGUUCCCCAUCCUCCGAUUCGACCGAUGGCGUAUGCGAAUAAUUCUCUUAUGUCGGGGAUGUAA